AUGUUGUGACCCUCUGUACUCCAUCAGAGCUGGAGCUGUUAGCAAACAAACAGAAAUUCUCCUCAGGAAACAAGCACUGACAAGAGAAUGAAGCUGUCUUUAACCCUCCUGUUUCUCCAGCUGUGGGGGAACAUGGAACUCUCUUUGUCACAGAAUGCCCAACACUGUCCACUGAUUCAUGUGGACAGUAAUGUCCAGCUGAUUGGAGAUCCAGAAAGAGCAAACUAUGGCAGUGUAGUUCGUUUUAGAUGCAAGUCAAGCUUUGAAUUCCUGGAAGGGUCUGCAGAGAUGUAUUGUGAUGAAAAUGGGCAGUGGAUUGGGACGGAACCAAAAUGCACAGAUGGAAUAAAAUGUAGAGCCCCCGUGAUUGCAAAUGGUGUGGUGCUUGGAGAUGUCCAAAAGUACAAAGAACAUCAAGUCCUGCAUUAUCAGUGCGAUCCUCAAUACAAGCGUGCUGAAGAAAGACAAUCAAAAUGCACGAAAGUGGGAACAAAAGCAGAGUGGAGUCCCACACCUGCAUGUGAAUCAAUAAAAUGUGAAGUGAAACUGCCAGCACUUGAAGGAACACGAUACGAACCUGCUUUCAGAAAUGUGUUUUUACCUGGUGACACACUCAGAGUUCUCUGUGGAGAGAAACACUGGAUUGUGGACCAUCAGACCACCUCAGCAGAGACGACUUGUCAAAGUGAUGGAAAGUGGAGCAUCAGGCCACUCUGCCACGACAUCACUUGUAAAGUUGGUGUUCUGCAUCCUGGUCUCACUGUAACUGUACACGUUGGAGAAAAAUUGCAGUUUGACUGCAGCAGUGAGUUUCAGCUGGAUGGGUCUAAAGAAAUAGAGUGUUUACCAACUGGACAGUGGAGUGCUCCCAUCCCAACCUGCCUCUGAUGGUAUCUGUUGGUGUUAGCGGUACAUGUUCUGUCACCAUCCCAGCUUCAACUCCUGUGAUGAGUGGAAGAUAAUACAAUCUGUUCAUUAGUACCAACAGAAUAAAUGAAAAAUCUUUUGAGAAUUUUCUUACAAUGAAAUUAAAUGUAUAUCCACUGA